UGCUGUGGAAGCCAAAUGCCCCUCACUGCCCCCAGUUGACAAAUGACUCACGAAUCUGUAUCCAAAGAAAAAAAAAAAAGAAUUUCUUUAAGGAACAGAGGAAUGUUUCCCUCAUUGUUAUUUUUGCGCAUUCAACUUUUGCACUUUUUCCAUCCUCAUGUCCUGAGCAGACGGGCCGUGACCUCCUGUCAUUUCUCCGCUCCGAUGCACUUCAGACGGCUUUGUAUUUGCACACGGAACACACAGUUUCAGUCACAAGGCUGCUGCUGAUAUUUAGCUGUUUGCACCCCAAUUUCACAGAGAGGAUAGUCGGCGGCUUCAGACAACAAAGAGAAGACAACUGUUUUAAAGUUGUUUGAACAAUCAGCUGUUCUUUUUACAAUUCUAUUGUCCACUGGAAUUGUAUAGUCUUGUUGUAGUUAGAUUUGCCCCGCCCCAACUCUGAGAAGCUUCUAACCCAGUGACCUUCUUGAGGACAUCAGUCAUGUUCAAACCCAAGAAUCCAGAGAGUCUUCACCUGGUCACGGAAACGAGGAACUGCUACAACACGCAGGGAAGUGUGCCAAAUCAAGGAGAGUUACACAAUAAUGAGAAUGGGGGCAUCAAGCAUUGCCAUGACAACAGUCAUGCACAGGACGAUCGAGAAAGGGAGAAGAAAGUUGCCAGGAGGAGGCUGUAUGUGGUCUCUGUCAUCUGCCUGCUUUUCAUGAUCGGUGAAAUUGUUGGUGGCUAUUUGGCAGGAAGCCUUGCUGUAAUGACGGACGCUGCUCAUCUGCUGACCGACUUAACUAGCUUCAUCAUAAGCUUGUUUUCUCUUUGGCUGUCUUCAAAACCUGCCACACAGAAACUCAGUUUUGGCUGGCACCGUGCAGAAAUCCUUGGUGCGCUGCUGUCAGUUUUUACCAUCUGGCUGGUGACGGCAGUGCUGGUGUAUCUGGCUGUGGAGCGCAUUGUCAAUGAAGACUACACCAUCGAAGGCAAUAUCAUGCUUAUUACCUCUGGCUGUGCAGUGGUUGCAAACAUUGUCAUGGCCGUCACCCUUCACCAGUCGGGCCAUGGCCACAGUCACGGCGGGCUCAGCUCCCACGGCCACGGACACAGCCACAGCCACAAGGGAGGAAAAGAAAAGUCGCCAAACAGUAUCCACUUCAGCGAUGACUGCGUGGACACGGAGCACAACCUGGAAAAUGGUGGUGGGAGAACUGAGCAGGCCAACGCUAGUGUGCGGGCGGCGUUUGUGCACGUGAUGGGAGAUCUUCUCCAGAGCAUCAGCGUGCUCGUCAGCGCCAUCAUCAUUUUCUUUAAGCCGGAGUAUAAAAUAGCGGACCCCAUCUGCACCUUUUUGUUCUCCAUAUUGGUUUUAUGCACCACCUUCACCAUCAUGAGAGACAUCCUUCUCAUCCUUAUGGAAGGCACUCCGUCAGGGGUGAAGUACAGUGAGGUGCGAGAUCGUUUGUUAGCAGUGAAGGGAGUCACAGCUGUCCACAACCUGCACAUCUGGGCUCUGACCAUGAACCAGGCUAUGCUCUCUGCACAUGUAGCCAUAGAUGAUACAGUGGAUGCUCAGACUGUUCUAAGAGAAAUGACGCAGGCUUGUUUCUCCUCCUACAACUUUUACUCUAUUACAAUCCAAAUGGAGAGACAAGCAGACCUAAAGCCAGGAUGUACUCUAUGUGAAAACCCCAAGCAGUAGUCCCUGGCAGGUUUACUUGUCAGAUCCUUUCAGAGAGGUUUUAGCCAUUCUCGCAAGUGGUUAUAAAAGCGGCAUACAGAGGGCUUUUUUUCCGCUAAGAUCAAUGAGGAAAUUUGCAUUACUCUGAAGUUACUCUUGUGUUUAAGUCAUACAAAUGUUGACAUUGAAAUAAUAAGGGUCGCACAGAAUGUGAAUGACUUGGGAAGAAAAUCUAAUCAUUCACUAUUGUGAAGUUCAAUAAACUUCACAAUUUUAUCUUUUUAAAAAUGUUGUGUAACUGAAAUUGAAGUAUCAUCUCUAGUCCAUUGUCAUAUUUUAAAAUUAAUUUGUAUUUUUUAGUUUUCUGUGAUCACAAAGAUAUACAGUACAUCCAUCAGCCACAAUAGUGAAAGCGCUCACUGAUGAUGCUACGAUGCAGUGCUCUGUUCAUACUUCUUGGGUUCUGGCUUUCAUCUGAAAGUCCCUCUGACUUGCACCAACCACCCAAACAUUGAUCUGGACCCACAUUUUUCAGUGAUAGCUGAGACUUCCACCACUCCGUUCUGCUCAGACGCAUAUUGAGAAACACAAAAACUGCUUGAGGCACAGGAACGAGCCUGAUCCAACCUGAUUUAAUCCUGCACCUCUCAAAUUCAACUCAAACCUCGCUGUGUAGCCUCACGGGUCUGAUGUCUGUGGCUCUACAAGUUAAAGUGGUUUAAGCUGCAUGUGAGAGGCCCACAGAACACUGCAGGUUUUUUUAUGUUACGGCUGACUGAUGUGUGCAUAUCCAUUCAAACUAUUAUUUUGUGACUGGUGCCUAACAAUCACUUGAGUAUAACAUCAUAUUUUAUUGUUAGGACACCACCAUGGCUGCAGGCUGAGUGGCUGCAUUAAUAUGGACCAAUUGUUUUACUAUUUAUCGACUUUGAUACCAGCAACCUGAGAAGUGCUGCAUAUGCAGUGCACCAUGAAGUGUCCAAGAGCAUAAAACAGCAGUG